AUGUGCAGCACCAGUAUGCAUGACCUGGAAGACAUCCCCCUGGAAGAUGACGACUCCAACAGCCUAGAGUUCAAAAUCCUGACCUUCUACGCCAGACACCAUGUCUUCAAGAACCCGCCAGCUGUUUUCUCACCCAAGCUCUCCAGAACAAGAAGUUUGUCCCAGAAAGCACUGGGGACUUGGUCAACUGACUCGUGGACACAGGUGUCAUUGCCUUGCAAAAGCUCCCUCUCCAGUGAAAAGCACAUAAGCCUUAGCAAGAAGAAAUCGUCUUGGAGAACAUUCUUCAGAGCAACGGAGGAGGAAAGCCCACCGAGCUCCCCAAAGGAGAUUCAAGCUCAGGGUAUUCAGGGCCCCUUCGCGGUAGAGCGUCAGUGCCUAAAGCUUCAGGGCGGCUUCCACAACCAGCACUGGGCCAGGUCUCUCUCCAGCGUGGAGCAGCGCCUGCAGUGUGAAGCUGUGGACCCCAAGGUUGCUUCUAUUGCCAACCGGGUAGCUGAAAUCGUUUACUCCUGGCCACCAGCAGAAGAUAGCCACAUCCAGGGAAGCAGCUUCAAGUUGAAAGAGAGUGCCCCAGAGCGUCUGUACUUGCACUUUCAAGGCCCUCAACCUGUAUCUUGUGAUUCUAAGAAAGCAGAUGGAGAGGACCAAGUGAUAAGCAGAAUUGUUGAGCUACUCAAAUACUCAGGGGAUCAUCUGGGAAGAGAGAUGAAGAAAGACAAGGCUUUGAUGAGCAGCUUCCAGGACGGGCUGUCCUACUCAGCAUUCAAGACCAUCGCAGACCUGUUCCUGAGGGAUAUAGACACCAGAGGAGAAUCAGAAAUUAGAGCUCAUGGCUUUAAGGCUGCUCUUGCAAUAGAUGCCAUAGCCAAGCUCACGGCCAUUGACAACCACCCAAUGAAUAGGAUGCUGGGCUUUGGAACCAAGUAUCUAAAAGAGUACUUCUCCCCCUGGGUCCAACAGAAUGGUGGAUGGGAAAAAAUACUGGGGAUAUCACAUGAAGAAGUAGACUGA